AAACUCAAGUGAGUGUGGCUGGCGGCGCACUCAAUUCUGGAAGAGAAUGGGUUAGGAUGCAAGCAAGCAUGCCUACACAAUGUACAAAUCCCAAUUUUCCGUCUAUCUUGAUUCUCGACUAGAGUAUAAAUUUGGUCGCUCUAGGAGGAGGAGGGGAGGGUGCAAAGGCAGCAGAGCAACAAGUAGCUAGCCUGGCUGUGUGGAACUAUAUACUGUAAAUUUUGGAGGGGUUUCAAUCUUUGGGUUCUUCAUCGACCGAGUCCGAUGUCGGAGAACGGAACUGAGCUCGCACAGUUAGUACCACCCUCCGUGGACGCCACUUCAUCUUUCUCCAAUAACGGACCAAGGGACGGCAGCGACGACGCCCGCAUCCUCCGACUCUCGGAAAUCAUUGUCACCGAAAUGCGUGCUGCCGCCCUACCUCUCCCACCGGCACCACAGACGAUCUACCGUGUUCCGGAGCUACUCCUCGCCGCCGACAAGGGCGCGUACCAGCCGACGUUCAUGCCCCUCGGACCAUACCACCGCGGCGACUCCAACUCUGCCACGGAAGACAUGAGGCGCAGCCAAGCGGGCAAGCCACCGAACAUGGCCUUGGCCAUGGAAAUGGCCGGCGGUGGGCGGCCGGUGGCGGAAUUCAUCAAGGCCAUCGCGUCCAUGGAGUCGGAGGCCAGGAGCUGCUACGACGGGGACGUCGCCAUGGGAUGGGACGCCUUCUGCAUGAUGCUUUUGUUCGACGGCUUCCAGCUCAUCACAUUGCUCGGCUUUGUCGGCGUCUCCAAUGGCGAUGAGCCAACGGAAAAAACAGGCGGAGGCGACGCUGCUGGCGGCCCAACACCCAAGACAGGUCAUGUGACCAGUCUCCAACAUGACUUGAUGAUGCUGGAGAACCAGAUACCGUUCUUCGUCGUCCGGAAGAUGUACGCCUUGCUUCAUGCCGAUGCCGGAAGUGGCCCCAUUGUGAAGCUAGCCUGGGGAACCAUCAGCAAUAUCAUGGGUGGCCUCUGGCCGGCCUCAAAUCCUCCACCGCCAGAGUUCCAGCAUUUGGUGCAUCUCUGCCAUAUGUACCUCAAGCCAAGCAACCUCCAGGAGUCGUUGUGAGUAGAGUACUACUCCCUCCGUUCCUAAAUAUUUAUCUUUUUAAAAAUUUUAAAUGGACUAGCACAUACAGAUGUAUAUAUACAUAUUUUAGAGUAU